AGAGACAUAUCCUUGAUUUGGGACUUGGCGGAGAUUCGGGUCGAAUCGAAGAGCAGCCCGAAUCGAAGAGAAGGGAAGGGGCCUGAAAGAUCACUCCUAGGAAUAAAAAGUAACCGUGGGACUCAGUUCGGUCCCUUUGCUAAUAGUUUCGGCCAUGCAGAGCUGUGUCAAGUGGUGGGGCGGACUGCGCCUCAGCCGGGGGGUGGCGGUGGCCACUGGACGCCACUUGCCCACAGGUCCCGCAGGGCUGAGUCCCGCUGGGGGACGCUGGACGCAGCCCGGCCGAGACUGCAGCAGCGGCGGAGGCGACCGCAGCCCCAAUCCUGAAGCCGCUGUGACCUCCCGCCACAUUGAACAGCUACUCCCUAGGCACGAUGACUUCUCGGAGAGGCACAUUGGUCCGAGAGACAAAGAGAAGAGGGAGAUGCUUCGGACCUUAGGACUGGAGAGUGUUGACGAAUUGAUUGAGAAGACAGUCCCUGCCAGCAUCCGCUUGAGAAGACCCUUGAAGAUGGAGGACCCUGUUUGUGAAAAUGAAAUUCUGGCAACCCUACAUGAUAUUGCAAGCAAGAAUAAAAUCUGGAGAUCCUACAUUGGCAUGGGCUAUUAUAACUGCUCAGCACCUCAAGCCAUUGUUCGCAAUUUGUUAGAGAAUGCAGGAUGGGUUACCCAGUAUACACCUUACCAACCUGAGGUGUCCCAGGGCAGGCUGGAGAGUUUACUCAAUUUCCAGACCAUGGUAUGUGACAUCACUGGGAUGGAUGUAGCCAAUGCCUCCUUGCUAGAUGAGGGGACUGCAGCAGCAGAAGCUAUGCAGCUAUGUCACAGACACAGCAAAAAUAGAAAAUUUUAUGUUGACCCCCGGUGCCACCCACAGACGAUAGCUGUUAUCCAGACUCGAGCCAAUUACAUUGGGGUCCUCAUUGAGUUGAAACUGCCUCAUGAAAUGGACUUCAGUGGUAAAGAUGUCAGUGGAGUGCUGUUCCAGUAUCCAGACACGGAGGGGAAGGUGGAAGACUUCAUGGAGCUUGUGGAUAGAGCCCACCAGCAUGGGGCUCUGGCUUGCUGUGCUACUGACCUGUUAGCUCUUUGUGUCUUGAGGCCUCCAGGAGAAUUUGGGGUUGACAUUGCUUUGGGGAGUUCCCAAAGGUUUGGGGUGCCACUGUGCUAUGGGGGACCACAUGCUGCCUUUUUUGCUGUCCGGGAAAACUUGGUGAGAAUGAUGCCUGGAAGAAUGGUGGGCGUGACAAGAGAUGCUGCAGGAAAGGAAGUAUUCCGUCUUGCUCUGCAGACUCGCGAGCAGCACAUCAGGAGGGAUAAGGCUACAAGCAACAUCUGUACGGCUCAGGCUCUUUUGGCUAACAUGGCUGCCAUGUUUGCUAUCUACCAUGGCUCCAGUGGACUCAAGCACAUUGCCAGGAGGGUACAUAAUGCCACCUUGAUCCUAGCAGAAGGACUCAAGAGAGCUGGUCAUAAGCUUCAACAUGACUUAUUCUUUGAUACCUUGAAGAUCCAAUGUGGCUGUUCUUUAAAAGAGGUUUUGGAUAGAGCAGCUCAGCGGCAGAUCAACUUUCGGCUUUUUGGCGAUGGCACGCUUGGCAUUUCCCUUGACGAAACAGUCACAGAAAAAGAUCUGGAUGACUUAUUGUGGAUUUUUGGCUGUGAGUCCUCUGCGGAACUCGUUGCUGAGAGCAUGGGAGAAGAAAGGAGGGGUAUCCUAGGGACCCCAUUUAAAAGAACCAGCCCAUUCCUGACACAUCAAGUGUUCAACAGCUAUCAGUCGGAAACCAAUAUUGUCCGCUACAUGAAGAAAUUGGAGAACAAAGAUAUUUCCCUCGUCCACAGCAUGAUUCCUCUGGGAUCCUGUACGAUGAAGCUCAACAGUUCAUCUGAACUUACACCAAUCACAUGGCAAGAAUUUGCCAACAUCCACCCUUUUGUGCCUCUAGACCAGGCACAAGGUUAUCAACAGCUUUUCCGAGAGCUGGAGAAGGAUUUGUGUGAGCUCACAGGGUAUGACAAAAUUUCCUUCCAACCUAACAGAUGCAAAUGGUUUAUCUCCUUUUACCUUUCUGUCCUCUUCCAGGUGGAUAAGCAUAAAGAGAACCUGGCAGCCAUCAUGAUCACUUACCCAUCCACCAAUGGGGUAUUUGAGGAGAAUAUUAGUGAUGUGUGUGACCUCAUCCAUCAACAUGGAGGCCAAGUUUACCUGGAUGGAGCCAACAUGAACGCUCAGGUGGGACUCUGCCGUCCAGGAGAUUUUGGCUCUGAUGUCUCACAUUUAAACCUUCACAAGACAUUCUGCAUUCCACAUGGUGGUGGUGGGCCUGGAAUGGGGCCCAUUGGUGUGAAGAAGCAUCUUGCUCCUUUUCUACCAAAUCAUCCAGUCAUCCCAACAAAGCUGGAUAAAGAUGGACACCCCUUGGGUACUGUCAGUUCUGCUCCCUGGGGCUCCAGUGCCAUUUUGCCAAUUUCUUGGGCAUAUAUUAAGAUGAUGGGAAGCAGGGGCCUCAAGCAUGCCACAGAGAUCGCGAUACUGAAUGCUAACUAUAUGGCCAAGCGAUUGGAAAAGCAUUAUAAAGUUCUUUUUAGAGGUGCAAGAGGUUAUGUGGCUCAUGAAUUUAUUUUGGACACAAGACCCUUCAAAAAAUCUGCAAAUAUCGAAGCUGUAGAUGUUGCCAAGAGGCUUCAAGAUUAUGGAUUUCAUGCUCCCACCAUGUCAUGGCCAGUAGCUGGGACACUUAUGAUUGAGCCCACAGAGUCAGAAGAUAAGGCUGAGUUGGACAGGUUUUGUGAUGCCAUGAUAAGUAUCCGACAAGAAAUUGCUGACAUAGAGGAAGGUCGCAUGGACUCAAGGGUUAACCCACUGAAGAUGUCUCCACACUCCUUGACUUGUAUUACCUCCUCAAACUGGGAUCGGCCUUACUCCAGAGAGGUAGCAGCUUUCCCACUACCCUUCGUGAAACCAGACAGCAAGUUCUGGCCCACAAUUGCCCGGAUCGAUGACAUCUACGGUGACCAGCAUCUAGUUUGCACCUGCCCACCAAUGGAAGUUUACGAGUCUCCAUUUUCUGAACAAAAGAGGGCUUCAUCCUAGACCGCCUCCCAAGCUUUCUGGUGACUUGAAUCGGUGCCUCUCACAGCAGCAUUUGUCUUGCCAGAUGUGGUGUUUUGUUUUUUUGUUCAUUUUUUUGGUCUCCUUCCCCAGGCUCAAGUAGGGGAUUUAUAUACUGUAUAUAUUUUUUAUAAUCUCUGUCAAGGUAAAUGUAAAUACAAUCAGGGAAGUGGGUGGAAGCUACUUGUUUAAAAACUGACA